CUUUUGCAUCAAUUUAGUCCCUAUGAACUAUUUAAAUCCCUAAUCCCCAAAUCAAUUUGAAGUCCCUUAACUUCUUCGUCGAUUCUUACUCCCCUUUUGGGAGACGUUUUUAUGAAGUCCAUGAUAGGUAGCAGCAGUAAAUCCGUUGGGAGUUCCAGCAAUCAACGCUCUAAUGGAGGUUGGAGAACCACUCGAAGCAGAGAAGAACUAUUUCCAGAGUGGUGUGGGUGUGGGUUUAGACCCGUUCUGAGAUGGUCAGGAACAGAUGCAAAUCCAGGAAGACCUUUUUUUGGGUGUCCAAACUACAAUAGUGUUGGCAAGAGGUGGUGUGGGUUGUUUGUUUGGGCUAAUGAAUUCUAUAAAGAAGGAGAAUCAAGAGGCAGAGUAGUACCAAAAAAUGAAAAUGAUGAAGAAUGGAGGAUGAACUUUGCUUGGAAGAUUGGAAGUUUGGAAUCUGAUGUUAGGGCUUUGAAAUUGGGAGGGGCUUUAUUGCUUUUAAUAAAUUUGCUUGUAGUUGCUAUGUUAUUAUGGAAAUGGUGAAGAUUGGCCUUAUAUUUUUUGAUAAAUAGCCAAAUUU